ACCACAAGUUGCCAUAAGUGAAGUUCACUGGUGUGGAACUGAAAUCAAGGACAUUUAUGAUUGUUUUCCAUAAUGAGAUUAGUUCUUCUCUUGUGGCUUUUAUAUUUUCUACAAGGAGUUCCAUAUGGCUUUCAAACGAAAUUCUUACCGGUAUUUUUAAGGAGUUAUUCGUUAUCUUUGACGCUGAUCAGCCUAACUCGACUGUUGAGUUUACCCUGGCUGUUAAAACCAUUGUGGGCUCCUUUUGUUGACAAUUAUGGUUCCGUAAUAUCGUGGAUAAAAUAUAAUUUAGUGGGAAUGGCUCUGUGUUAUUUGGUAGCCUCGUGUAUUCCAAUGAAUAGUGUUAUGUCUAUUGUUACUGUUAUGGCGUUAUUGAAUAUCAUGGCUGCUACUGAAGACAUUGCUGUUGAUUCGUUGUUUGUCAAUCAUUUUACUCCUGAUAGAAUCGGAAUGGGUAAUAUUGCUCAGGUUGUUGGUUAUAAAACCGGAACACUACUUGGAGGUGGUCUCCUUGGCUGGCUUUCUUCUUUUUGUCCAUGGGAACAAUUAUUCUUUUUUCUCUCUGUGAUAUACAUGAUUUCAGCAUUUUUUAUAUGUUCAUCCUUCUUUAUCAAUUUAACACAAUUUGAGGGUAAACAGGCUAAAAGCACUGCAAAAAUAACGACUGAACAUGAAGAAAAAAUGAUUGAAACACAUAACAAUAUGUGGAAAACUAGUACCCUUUGUGUUGACCAAAUGAAAGACAAAGAUUGUAAAACAGAGAAAAUUAGAGCUGUAAAAAGAAGGCAAAAUUUUCAGAUUAUGGAAACAGAUGAACAAGAAAAAUCUGCUACAACUAAAAACUUUCAUUUCUCAUAUCUUUCAUUGCAAAAGUCAAGAAAUUAUGUUCGAAAAACAUUGGAAACUUAUGUUAAAGUGUAUCAAAAUGUAUUGAACUCAGAUGGUACAAAAUGGACAAUAGUUUAUGUCUUGAUUUACAAACUUGGUGAGCAAGGUAUAAUUUCAAUAGUGCCGAUGUUUUUACUUGAUAAUGGAGUAUCAUCAUCAAACACAGCAAUGAUAACUGGUGUUUUAUGUCAAUUUUGUUCAAUCUUUGGAUCUCUAAUUGGUGGAAUGCUGUUUUCUAAUUGGGAAAGCCUGCAUAGUACACUGGCAGUUAUAUCAUCCAUAAGAUUCGUUGCUAUCUUUGUUCUGACUUGGCUUGGAUCCCUCAAUUCAAUAAAUAUUAAUUGGAUUUGGUUCAUUUUAUUUGAUUGUCUUCUUCAUUUAGUCUCUGGCAUGGUAACAACACUCACAUUUACCCUCAUGGUUGCUUGUUCACAAAAAUGUCCUAAAAUCUUCUCUGCCACACAUUAUUCCACUUUAGCAACUUUUGAAGUUCUUGGAAAGCUAUGUAUGGUGUCGAUUUCUGGAAUAGUGGUUGAUCUAAUUGGCUAUAUCAAUUUUUUCACCGUCUGCACUUGUCUUGCCGUAUUUCCGAUAGUUCUGUUGGGAACAGGGUCAAAAUACAAGACAGAGAAACUCAUUCUAAAUGAGGAUUAAGACACAAAAGCUUUUUAUUUUAACAACGUUUUGAUUUGAAUCUUUCAUCAAUAACUCGUAAUCCAGUUUAUUUAUCAUAUCCGUAGAAAUUCUGUUCUUAAAUUCGAUUUCUCGUCGAGUUUUCCUAUUCCCAAACUCCUCUAUCCCCUGGGCUCUGGCCCUGAUAUCCCAUUUCUAAAAUAUUCCUAAAUAUAGCCUGAAAUUUAUAGUUUUAGAAUUAUGU